GCCAAGGGUAUGGGACUUUUAUUUCAGUAGUGUUCGGUUCCGGAUAUGAUUGAUGUGGACAAAUUCUGGACUAACCAGCAUCGGACUUAUGCAAUAAACCAUGAUGCUUGGCACAACCUUGUUACCCCGAGUGAUCAGCCUUGUCCAGGUAAUGCAUUGCUGCGUGUGCCUUCUCAAAUACCACCGAAUGACAACACCCAAAUGCCAAUGAGGAGCACGUCAGAUGAUUCACAAAGUCUUGACGAGAACACCACAAACUCAAUGGCUGAACCUGAAGAGGAAUUAGCAUUCGGUAAUCGAUAUCUGGUGCAUCCCAAAUUUUCAAUUAUUAACGGCCUCCAACCAGAGCUUGAACCCAUAAAUUUGUCACCAAGGCAAAAUAACCAGAACGCUGUUGUUAUGAGUAGAGAGCAAGCUCUGGUUUCACUGUCUGAGAAGACAUCGUAUCCGAUCCUUCAAGAAAAUGGUCAGCGUCGCUACGGGCCUCCGCCAGAUUGGGUUGGACCACAGCCUCCGCGAGGAUGUGAAGUUUUUAUUGGGAAAAUACCACGAGAUUGUUUUGAGGAUGAACUCGUUCCGAUUUUUGAAACGGUGGGCCGUAUCUACAUGUUUCGUCUCAUGAUGGAUUUCAGUGGCUGUAAUCGUGGGUAUGGAUUCUGUAUUUAUACUAAUCGUGAAGAUACUCGGAGAGCUGUGGCUGAGCUCGACAGUUACGAGAUUAGAAGGGGCAAGAUGUUGGGGGUUUGCUUGAGUGUCGACAACUGUCGCCUCUUUGUUGGUGGUAUUCCAAAAAACAAGACUAAAGACGAAAUUAUGGCUGAAAUGCUAAAGGUGACGGAUGGAGUAAAAGAUGUUAUUGUCUAUCCCAGUGUGGCUGACAAGACGAAAAACAGAGGUUUUGCGUUUGUGGAAUAUGAGAAUCAUAAAGCCGCAGCAAUGGCGCGUCGCAAACUAAUACCAGGUCGGAUACAUUUAUGGGGUCAUCAGAUCGCUGUGGACUGGGCGGAACCCGAACGUGAAGUGGACGAAGAUAUAAUGUCUAAGGUACGCAUUCUGUAUGUACGAAAUUUGAUGUUGCACACUACAGAAGAGGCUCUGCGAGAUCACUGCAAUCGAGUAAUCGGUGCUGUGGAUGCAGUCGAACGCGUGAAGAAGAUUCGUGAUUACGCCUUUGUACACUUUCGAGAUCGACUACAGGCCACUGCGGCACUCAGACAACUCGAUGGCACGAUAUUUGAAGGCUCUCAAAUUGAGGUUACUUGGGCAAAACCAGUGGAUAAGAAUGAAAGUGUGCGACUUGGACGAACAGGUCAUUCGGGAGCACCGACAGUGAUGAACGGACUCCAAAAUCUUCACUUGACUACAGGACAGCCGGCAAAUAUUUUGGAGAUCAAAGAUCUUGCAAGUCCAUUGAACGUAAACUUGUUAGGAUUGCCAGUUCGGGACGUGCAACUCAGACUGUCAAACACUGGCAUAUCCGGUCGACCCACAUCUGUGUAUCCAUUCAACGGCUUCAAUAGCGCUGUAACAUCACAAGUACCAGCAUUCAAACUGACAGGUAAUUGUGGCUCAUAUCAGCCCAUUAGUAAGCUCAAUGAACUGCGCGAUGCUGCUCCGACUGUGGGAAACGGUGCAAGUAAUAGAAACAACGUGAUAAUCCCAACAAAUGUAAACACCGUGACACUGGUACACCCUAACAUGGGUCAACUGUUCACGAAUAUCACAAAUGGAGGUAAUAUUUUGGCGUCCCCGCGUAUUGCUAUGCAAAAUCGCGGUUCAAAAAGUUUGCUAGCCGGAACUGCGAACUCUCCUUUAGCUCAACCUCAUUGCUCUGGAAACAUUGACAGUGCUGCGAUUGUUGACCUGUCCCAACAAAUGACGUCACUUCCAGUACCAAUGAUCAACGUCAAAACACAGACCAAACCUGCUUGUGUAAUCAUUCAAGACCAACUGAAACCACAGUGCAUCAACGCUAACGUGCAGACCACACUGGACAAGGACGCUUCAGCCAACCUUGUAAAGUUACUUCACGCCCUAUGCUUGAAACAAAAUAUUGGAGCUCCAAAACUGACAACCCACACCCAUGAAAUCUACGACCCAGUCGUUGGGAGAAAAACCAUGAUGUUUACAGUUCAGGUAUUCCUGCCCGGGUUACAAAGGCAUUUCUUUUCACCCACUCCUUUGCCUACAUUGGAUGAAGCAACCAAAGCGGUGGUUGGUGCUGCAAUGCAGUGGUUGUUUUCACACUGUUCACUAACGCAAAUGCCAUGCAGAGCAGUGAUGUCUCAAAGUUCUGGUCGAGUGAUGAGCAAAGAGAACGACCGUACAAUUAUGGCAUGCAAGAAAUCUCCUAUCAUCCUAGAAUCACCCAAUGAUCCGACGUUUAACUCACAGUCGACUGUUCUGUACAAAUUAAUCGACAGUCCCAGCAAGCAAAGCGCCGGUUUGAUUGGUGAAUCACAAAAACCCAUCCAAAUAUCGUUUUCAAGUUCUCAGAAUGAUGUACAGAAGUCAAGUGAGUGUUUUGUGCAACCGAAGGAAAGCUGUGCCUUGUCUGGAAGAGCUAUAACUGACCAGGAUACACAAGGAAUUAACAACAUGGGGGAGAUCGUGAACAAACCUCUUUUCCCUGGACGUGAAUUUAACGUCGUGGAUGGUAGACGGGUAAAGCUGGAUGACCUUCGCUGCACUGCCGAAUUGGGAAUUUGUAGACAUUUAACAACCACCUCAAAUAACUUUGUUGACGGUCUGAUGCAGAGAACAGACCCAAAAACGUUGUGUCCUGCACAUAGUCUUUUGUCAAAACAAACGGAUAUUCACGUGUACGACGUGUGUGAGGCAUCAACACAAAGUGGUGACCUUGUACCUUCUUACUCCGAACAUGAUAGGUUGGUUGGUCCAGGUAACAGCUUUUUUCAGGUGGGUACCUACCACCAGUUUUCACCAGUCACUACUUCGGACAGUCGUGCCAUCCAUUCAAACAAACCUGAGGCCCUGUUUCUGGACAAUGGCUGCAGGGCCAACGAAGACCGGUCAAAUAUAAGCUCAAAUCAACCUAAAACGCUGCAACCAUUACGAAACUUGGAUGCUUAUUCUUGGAGUACCACACGAGGCGAACAGUUAUCCCAUAGCUUUGCGACUAGCUACUUGGAACAGGGACAGUCCAUCACGAAUGGAGAGACAUAUAACCAGCAAUUUCAUAUGGUGAAGGAAGUCGGUUGUGAGUCGACCCCUACGCAUCAAGGUCCAGUGCAGCUCACCGGUGCAAGAGAUAAUACCGAACACUUUAAAAACCCAACAACACCAGUCAAUGCAACUCAGGAGCUGCACCGUACCACCAAAGCAGGAAGUCCUCGAGAAGCGCGCAGUGUUGUGGAAAUGGCGGGUGACGUCUCGCACCGGGACCAGACUGUCCGCUUAAACGAACAAUACUGGCAGAAUUGUACGAUUGGUAAGCUACCUGAAGAAUUAUCAAGCGGCACUAUACAAUACAUCAGUACUAAAGUGACAAGAAAUAACAAUGAUCACGUGAUAUCCACUUCACAGAAUCAUUCUUUGGAAUGUGUGUCUGGAUCGCUUAUUUAUCAAGAGCACUUUUAGAAUUGCUGAAUCAUAGGAUACUCGAUUUUUUCUAUCCACAAGGUUACGACCCACCAAUUCUUUCGUUUGCCUUCGUUAGUUAUAUUUGUGAUCUUUUCUCCCAUUUUGUUUUGCUGAUUUUGUUUUCUAAAAACUUUAUCAACUGACCUGAUAUCCGUCAAAAUGCCUGCACUAGACAUUUAUGAAAUCCAUCAAUCUUUUCAAACAAGGAUAAUCAAAAAGCAGCGUGGAAUCAUUUGCAAUAAUCCAUGUGUCGGUUCCUCUGCUGAUUCCGGACUAAUAAGGUGUCCGACGUUGAUCAGACAAAGCUGAUCAGAAAUUGUCCAAUCAGAUUGCAUCCAACAAAAUUCUCCCAACACAUGGAUGCGAAUCACCAUGUUCGGCAUCAUGACAUACUUCGUCCUUGACCUUCAUUUUCUUAGCCAAUUUAAGCCAGUUUUAAUUUGUUCAGCCUCAAUUACUGUCGUGGCUUCGAAAAACUGCUCGAAUCCUCCCUUAACAAAUGAGAUAUUAGUUUCUUUCACUCCGACUACUAUCCCUCUUGGGCAUGUUAUAGGGUUCAACAAACUUGUUCGCAGUUCUGAAACUUCCAAAACUUUUGUUCAUUCUUUAUGUUUUCUAAUAUCCCUCUGUGAUUAUGCUCAUGUGUUGAUGAGUGCCAUCAGUUCUGUUGAGGGAUCGUUAGCGUUUCUGUUCAUCUGGACGGUGUGUUUACUUUUUGCCUACUUGUGAAUGUAAACCUUUCGUGCUUCAAGUUGAUCCAUCAAAACAAGAAUAGCUUUAAUUGGCGGAAUUCCAAAGGGCCGCCAACCUGUUUUAGAUAUGUGAUAAUUUUAGUUCAGGGCCUAUUAUUCUUCCCUCCAUAAGGGACACCGUAUCAACAUAGCUUAUUCUUUUGAAUGUUACCCACCUUUACUGAAGUUCACACCGCAUGUUUACUUGCUGGUCCUCCUCGUGCAUUCGCUUGAAUUUGGUGUAGGGUUCACUAUAAUAUUCGUC